AAGGAGAAAACUAAAUAAAACGAUUCCCAACAAGCAACCAACGGCCUUCACCUCAUAAUCAUAAUGCAAAAGCAAGUUUUUUAUUUAUUUUAUUUGCAUUUUCCAUCUUUCUCCAACCAUAGAAAAGCUUUCAUAAUCCAAAAAUAAAGAUUAAAAAAAAAAGCUGGCCCUGGAUGAAAGCUGGAGGGAGAUAGAUACCUCUCUCUCUCUCUGUCUCUUGUUUUAACUUUCUUUUGGUUUUUGGUGGAUUAGGUUUCAUCAAACCAAACCCAGUUGCUAUUUUUGGACUGUGUGUGUUGUCUGUGUAAGAUAGAGAGAUGGAGAUGAUGUAUUUGCAAGUGGGCAGUUCCUCUUACCAGGAAUGUCUCAAAGUUUUGGAGGCUGAUAUACAACAUGCUAAUGCUUUGGCUGCUGCAAUUCCAAGAGGCAAGAGUGGUGCAAGUCUUCAGAUGAAAUUGGUUUACAAUCAAUGGACUUCCUUACUUCUCUUUUUGCUACAACGGAUAGAUUCUUCUUGCAUAUGUGUGUUUCCUAGAUAUCUAAAUCUCUUUCACAUACUUAUAUAUAAGGUAUAUGAAGAUGGUAGACCGAACCUAUCUACACAUGGAAGGAAAGCAACAAUCAAGGAAUUCUAUGGUGUUAUUUUACCAUCUCUUCAACGGCUUCAUAAUAAUCUGGUGGAGUUAGAGGAUGUUAAGGAAGGGUAUCUGGGAAAAGAGAGUUUGGGGAAGAAGAGGGUGGAAGGAGAUAUUGUUCUUGCCAAUGUAGAUAUAAAGAGAGAGGACGAAUGUGGAAUUUGCUUGGAGCCUUGCACAAAAAUGGUACUGCCUAAUUGUUGCCAUGCAAUGUGCAUCAAAUGCUACCGCAAUUGGAACACACGAUCAGAAUCCUGCCCGUUUUGUCGUGGUAGCUUAAAGAGAGUUAACUCGGAAGACCUAUGGGUGCUCACGUGUAACAACGAUGUGGUUGACGUGAAAACAAUAUCCAAGGAGGACCUGUUGCGCUUCUACCUCUAUAUCAACAGCUUGCCAAAGGAUUACCCGGAUGCUCUUUUCUUGGUAUAUUAUGAAUAUCUAAUGUGAAUUGGAGAAGGUGAGAGCAGUGACGUACAGAUAGCAAAGCCAACCCUCAAUUGUAAAUAGAGUAUGGUAAAAGUACACAAUUGUUUCUCUAUUCUUAGACCAAAACAAUAAAAAUCAAUCUCUUCUGCUGCCUGUUGGAGUUUCCAGAUGCCUUGUUCUAAUGCUUAAUAUCAAAGCUGUUGUUAGUUGAAAGUUCAAUUUCCUUGUACUUAAUAUAGAAAAGCUCUUGUUCGAAAUGAGACAGUGCAGCGGCUACUUUUAUUAUUAAUCUCUAUAGCUUAUUUAACAGUAUAUUUGUUGCCCAAAAAGCAGGUACAUGCCAUUUUUUUCCUCUCUAUUUUCAACUGGUAAAAAAACAAAAAGAGAAAAACUCGGUGGAAGUUUCAUAUUCUUAACCACUGGAAACUUAUUGAAAACUACUAUAGUGCACAUGUUGCCAAAACAACAGGUACCGGCACAUGACAUGCACCAAUUUUCUUUUCCUGCUUUAAUCAGAUUAGUAAUUUAUGACCAAGAAUACCCUUAGUCAUACCCUUAGCAGCAUGAGCCCUAGCAGCAGCCCUAGCAGCAAUAGCAGCACCAGCACCAGCAGCACCAGCAGCACCAGCACCAGCAGCGCCAGCACCCACACCCGAAGCAGCAAAAGCAGCACCAGCACCCUUAGUAAUACCCUUAGCAGCAAAAGCAGCAGCACCCUGAGCAAGACCACCCUUCAUCUUGGCUUGAAUCAGCACAUCAAACGAUGGGGAGCAGAAGCCUUGGUGGACGAACAUAUCAAAAAGACGUUUAUGCAUAGCUUCAGUGAAGUGAAUUCCAUCCCAGCUGAUGAAGUUCUGGGGAUUUUUACAGACAGAGGUGCCGCUUGAUCCACAAAGGGAAUGCAAGUCAAAGUUGAGUGGUCCUCCUCCAGCUCCACAGCAUGCCUUGAAGGGCUCUUCAAAAUGGAAUUUCUUAUGGUUGAGCAUUAUUGUUUUGUAUGCCUUCCAGGUAUCAGCAUAUAUAAUCACUGUACCCUGGUACUGUUCCCGAAAUUCUACCAACCUUUGCUCGAGGACUUCAUUGUGAGCUUGAAUCAAUGCGUUAAGGCCAGAUGAACAUCCCAUACUGUCACGUUCCCUUGGUGGGUUCAGGAGCAUUUGUAAUGGACAGCAACCUGCUGGUGGAAGUCCUUGAACCACAACAUACUUUGCACCUUUGUCAAGCAAAUCCUGUCAAGGGAAAACACACUUGUCGUUAAGAAGAGAAGUAUUGGUAAGAUAUGAAAUCUUGUUAUUUUUCUUUUUAAUGUGCAUACCUUAA